AUGGGAAACUCCACCCCAUUUCAUCAAAGCUCCACAUCAACCAACGUGCGACCUGCACAAGCCGGCAAAAUGCCGUCCGCGCAGUCGGUCCAAUGGUGCGCGAUGGUUGCUGUGGGCUUUUUGGCCUCAGAGGCUCUCCAGCGCUGGCGAAGGCAACAGAGCUUGGCCGCUGUCCGACGUGAGCAAAUUGAUUUUGAAGAGAUGCUGUCACAGGAAGCGGGGCCCUCCGAAGGAGCUCAGUCAUCUGCUGAAGCAAAGCCCACUUCCGAUGAGGCCUCAAAACCAGAAGAAAAAUUGUUUGGACUACGAACUUUGUUGGAGGCUUUGCAGGCUGAUUCCAGCAUGGGAAAGGAUGACACCAGGAGGAAGUAG